GCAAACGUAACCAAAAAGACCGCCUGUUAGUUCUUUGUUCUUCUGGAAAAAUCUUGUGUAAUUUUCUUUUUCAUAUAACUUGGAGAAUUGAUAAGUAGGGUUUACAAACACAGAAAACAGAGGAUGUAUCAUCUCCAGCACAUGUCGCUGCCACCGACGGAGGUGGGAUCGCGGCGGCCGGUGCGAAUCGCAGCGAUUUGUUCGGGAGAGUACUAAACAACAGGAUACGCUUAGCGCCAUUCUUGUGGAGCGUCCUCUGCUGUGUCGUUACUUCGUGCUGUGCGAAUCUGACAGUCGCGCAGACGGACUGUCGAGUUUGGAUUGCGUUCGGACGUCGUUUGCAAGCAGAAAAUUGAGCGAGACAGUAGCGCGGCGCAAUCGAAACGACGUACGCAGCGCGACUAGUACAACCACAAGAUAGAAUAAUCGACCUCCCGAUUCGGCGUGUUGGCUCCGAGACCCGUUCAACACCAGUCAAAAACACUCCACAUCUACUCGAGUCAGCAACACUCUAACCGCCCAGUCAACAUCAAUAACACACACCUAGUCAUCAAUAACACUCUAGUACUAACUCUAGUACACCUAUUACAAUACCACUCGGGAACAAGAUGGAUUUUGGCGUCUGUUUUCCCUCCAUCGCGGAGGAUAUCAAGAAGCUCCAAGAAUGGAAGGAGGAGAUGGGCUCGACGCUAUCGUCGAAAGAUGAACAGUUAUGACUAGAGUAGAUAAAAAGUAAAAGUUUCUCAUGUUUUCUUUGUUCAUCGCUAAAGAUAGAUUAAAAAGAUUUUGUUCGCUAGAGAACAAUGGCUCAUGAUGAUCCCCUUUUGACACAUUGGAAGACCUGGACCUCUAACCUCCAUCGCAGCUUUGCAAACGGAGUUGGACGGAAGAAAGGAGGAAAUUGCCAAGCUCCAGGAAGACAUCAAGGGGAUAAAGGGUGAGAUGACGGAGGGGUCGUCGGAGAACAUGGGAACGUUCGAGAAGAGGAUCAAGGAGUUAGAGGAACAGGAAGUGGACACCCUGAAGAAGGACUUCGAUGUGAGGUGGGCAGAAGUGAAGCCGGUAUUUGAAGAUUUUUGCCAUAGUUUUAGUUAGUAGUUGCAUCUUAGGGCAGUAGAUGAACUCGAGAAUUAUGUGUCAGUUCUUGACCCUUUCGCGGAAGCAGAAUUUAUUGUCUUCAACCGUUUCGUCUCUCUUCACUCAAAAAUCUUCCCUGAACAAAUACACUCCUAGGAACUCGAGAAAGUAGCCGAGUUCAUUCCUCGACUAGCCCAGCAAGACUUGAAGCUAGCGGAGACUGAAGCGAAAUCGAUCCUGUCCAAGGAAAAAUGUGAGGAAUUUGAGGUGCGGAUCACGAAAAUCGACAACGAAUGGGCAGCAUACCAGAGAGACGAGAAGAAGUUGCAGGAUAUCAUUACCAAAUUCGAUGAAGGCAUCAAGAGAGUGGAGGGGGUAGUUUUUCCUAUAAGUCUAGGAAAGAUUAUAAUUUACUCGAUGAAAAGAUUCAUUAUUCAAUAUUUUGUUCGAUGAAGGCAUCAAAAGAGUGGAGCAGGAAUUAGUUUUUUCCUGUAAAAAGUUGGUAAAUGGUAAGUAGUUUUUCCCUGUAUGAGUAAGAAAGAAUGCACUCCUAUGUAUUCAAAUCAUUUUUAGUACGACUAUAAUAGAUUGGUCGUUGUCUUGUUUUUGAAGGUUCCUUCCAGUCCUCUUUUUCCGUGAUAAGUUUUUCCCUUAAACAAUUCACGACGUUAAACACAGCAACAAUUGGAGCUUGACGCGAAGUAUUCGAAGAAAUAUCAGCAGAUGUGGAAUGAGGUGCCGAAGGCGGUGGAGGAGCUCAAUGUGAAACGCAUUGAACAAUUAGAAAAGCAACUACAAACGAAUGCUGCGGACAAGGUUGCGGAGGUUCAGAACUUGGUGAAAUACUGCCUGCAAAUCCUGAGCAAGGUGCAGGCAGACAGGAAAAUCGAAACAGACACGAAAAAUUUCCUGCAUCAUUGGAGAGAGCAGAGUUGGAUCAACGCGAGGAGGAGAAUGGGCAUGGCGGCACUUACGAAAUUCGUAUUUUUUUUACUUCUAGAUGAGUUUUGAAGCAAUUCUUAUGCUUGUUGGUGAAAUUAAGUUGUAACUUUGGUAAUGCACCACCAUCACAGGCACGAGUGAGCAUUCUGAUUCUUUUAGAUAUUCUCUCACUCAAGAAAGUGGCGACAACAAAAACAAUAGAUCGAACUCUUGUCUCUGUUAUUACCAAAGUAUGUAAUUAUUACCACAUUCUCACUCACCUAUGUAUGUAAUUAUUAAUGUCUCUGUUAUUACCACAUUCUCACUCACCAACAACAGCUCCGUUCCCGCAUAAAGGACCCGUUUCAAACGUGGAAGGUGCAGGCGAUGUAUGAGACGACAAUAAAGAGGAUAACAGCCGAAUACACAAGGAGGAUACCUGACGUGCCGAAGCAGUUAGAUGAACUCGGGUUUCCAGCUAGGAUUGAGAACCUGCAAGACCAGUUGUCUAGACUCAACGAAGACAAGGCGAGCAAGGUAAUCCGCCUACUCAGUUGUCUACCCUUGACGAAGACAAGGCGAGUAAGGUCUAAUUUAGUAUGUGGGAACAAUGAAUAGCAAAAGAUUCUAAUUUCAUUGGAGUCAACCUGAUUAAAAAGUAACUACCCCCCAUAGGACGACGUCGCCGAUGACAUUGAGAAGACGGUGGCACAGUUUGAGCCUAUCCGUGAGGACAUAGAGGCCAUCCAAAAGGACGCUGGCGAGACCAAGAGUACCGUUUCGACACUGGAUUCGAGUAUCUCAGCAGCAAAAGACUUGGUCGCGAGCGUUGACGAGAGCGCGAAGAUUGUAGUUUACUUGACGACCUCAUUUGACUUGUCCUAUGUUCUUGAGUCUAAAUUGUAUAAUUUAUUACGCAAUCGAAAAGAACUUGAUUUGAGGGGUUCUAGAUCUACUAGUUCUACCCUUACUCUCCAAACCUCUUCAGGAUCAAUUCUGAUUCGAUUCCGCAACGUACCUCUACUUCUAUAAAAAAAUCAAUUAUCUCGAAAAAUCACCUCUCAGGCUGCCAGCAAGGUAGAGAUGUUAAAGGAAGCGCUAGAGGCGAACUACGCUCAGAACACAGAGGUUCAAGCCAUGGUGAAAGAUGUUUUGCUGAUUUGGUACUCGAUCAAGCAAUUGGACGCGACAAAGGUUAUGGCUCGAAGCUACACGUUAUAUUUCCAACCAUGCUGCCGACAUAAAACACAACUUGCACCACCUCGCGCUAGGCACAAGCAUUCAUUCAUUCGUUCAUUCUGUAUCCCUCAUCCUCCAAGUGAGACUGUUGGACUGAAGAAAUAGGAGUUUUCCAACCAUCACUUUCUCCUGUAUCCCUCAUCCUCCAAGUGAGACUGUUGGACUGAAGAAAUAGAAGUUUUGAGGUCUAAAAACGCGGACAAGAAGGACAUGGAAGCCUAUGCUCUGGAAAGCAUAAACCGGGAAAAAGCCUCUGUCCGAGAAGAGGUGAUGUCCAAGAAUGAAGAGAUGCGAGGAGAAUUGGGGAACAUGCAAGGUACUUUUCAUCUGGUAAACGGAAGAACAAGACGAGAACAACUACAACUAGAUUUCGGCAUAUUUUUCCUACUAUUUCCAAUAGACUUCGACUCCAUGCAUCAUUACACUCUUUAAAAGACACCGACUUUCAAAACUCCCAAUGAUUUCCUCCAAUCGACCGUCAACCUCCAUGACCAACCUGCAGGUAAUGUCGAGGACAUUGGUCGCGGUUUCAACGAGCAGCAGACGCAAUUUGUCAACCUGCAACAAAUGCUCGGAAAUUUGGCUAGUUUUGUGGAGGAGCUCGUAGUGAAAAUAGCAGAAAUGCAAGGCGUCGAAGUCUCGGGAGGAGCAGUACUAUUCUUGGUUUUGCUAGUGAUCAUUUGACCCUAGAUAGAAAGACGAUCAAGUCCCAGUAUAAACAGUAAUGGCGUCGACGUCGUUUGGGUUCGAUUUUGUUUCCUUUGAAUCUUUUUCGUUCCCAAGGAAUGCCCACUUCUCAAUGAUAAUCGAGGAGUAUCUAGUAUAAAACACACACUUACUUCGAACGAAUAUCAACAAGGCCUCUUUCUGUCCGUAAGAGCCUAAUGAUAUCUUUUCCGCGCAACCCCGUCAAACUACAACAGGAGAAGCCUGCUUCCUCGAUGACGAACAUGGAGGAAAUGGAAAAUUGGCUACACUAUGCCAAAGGCGUGGUAGACCAGUCCCUAGAGAACUAUCAUUAUGUUGGCUCACUUAUAUUCAUCUUGACAGGCAUCUUUGGACCCCUUUUUUUUAAGGGAAAAGCGCGUCAAUAAAGAUGCGCUUCAAGAUGAAUAUCGUUGAGGUCUAAUAUCAUUCUGCCCAAGGCGCAGGACUUGGUGGCGCCAGUCGAAGUGGCCGCAGUAAACAAGCGAGACCAAAGAGCGGCGCAGGGGCCGUGGAUGGGUACUAUAUAAAACUUUUUGUAUGUCUUGUACUUGUAGUUUCUUGUACUUGUAGAAUUGUUGAUGUAUCGUUGUAAACUUUUCAUCUGUUCUACUAGUAAGUCUAACUAUGCGUUGGGGAGGUUUCAUUCUUGGAACAUCAUUAACUUCAGCAUUUCGGGUCGUGGAUUGAGCGCCCAACGAUCCGGUCCGAUGCAGCGAAGGAGGCAAUAG